AUGAAUUCCUUUUUAUCACUAUUCAUCAGUCUUGUUGUAUUUUCCAUUAUUACUGUUCAUUUAACAUCAUCCGCAAGUUUUCCUAAUCCACCUCAAUUUCCAUCACCCAAUGCAUCAGCAGACGAGUGGACACUUUUUUGGAAAUUAUUACAUAAUUAUUAUGCUAUUAUCGCUCGACCAAGGUUUGGUAAACGAUACAAUUCGAUGUUAUCUCAAUCAAAACAUCCAUCACUCUUAACAAUACUUAAUCCAAAUUUUCUAUCUUCAUCAUCAUAUGACAAUGAUCUCAAUUAUAUGCUUAGUGAAAAUAAUCAUAAUGCUAAUGAUGAUCAGAAAGUCGAUUUCGAUGAAUUAUAUACAUUCAUGCCUUCAAAUCAAAAACGAUGA